AUGUGGGGAGUAUUUAAUCAUGAGUAGAGCUAGGAGUAGAAUCAGACUCCAACUCAAAACAAGCAGCUGAAUUACUAGCCAAUACAGCAAUAGAGGAGUUAGCAAACAGUUUUACCACCCAUUACUAGAAAUAGAUCCUCAAUGGAUCUGAUCAACAACAGAAGUUACACCUCAGAACCUCAGGCUGAAAGAUUACUAGGAUCUUAGAAUAUAGCUGCAAUUAAAAGCUAGAGACCUUUACUGAAUACUAUAAUAGGCUCUGGUUAAAACUAAGGUGGGAUCUCUGGUCUUGAAGAUUAUACUGCUUCUUUUAAACUCCCCUACAUUUAGCAAGGCGCUUCAAGAUAAGAACUGGUUGAAGUACAAAAUAAAUGCAGAGAAGUAGAGAUUAACUUGUUAGACUUAAAGUCAUCUAUUGAUCGUCGACUAGCAUAGAUAAUCGAGGAGAUUCCGACUAGACUGCAGAGGGAAUUGAAGAAUAUAGAGAACAGAGAUAAUCAUUUAUGGAAAGAUAAUAAUGGGAAGAUGACUUAAAUUAUUGAAACAGUUACUCGCAUCAGAGAUCAAGUCAAAGUGAAGCAGCAAGAUCACAUUGAUAGGAUACAAAACUUAUAAGCUAUGGUUACUGAUAACGACUUCAAGGUAGCGUCUAUGAUGAAAUAGCUUGAGGUUCUAUAGAACUAUUAGUCGGCAUAGUCAACAGGUGUGGCUGUACAUGAUCCAUAAAACACAGCUAAGUAUACUGGAAGCAUGCUUAGUGGAGGAGGCAUGGAUACUCAAAGCAGUCUAGUUAAGUUCGAGAAGGAAGCAGACUCCAAAUUUUUGAAAGAUCUAAUUACUGAAGAGAGAUAGAAGCGUGAACAUUAGCUCGAGGAGCAUUACAAAAUGUAUUAACACUUGCAGAGUAUUGUACAUGGACUUGAAAAUGAUGUAAUGAAAAAGCUUAAAGAACACAGAAAUGACUAGCUAUCAAUAUUCGCAACUGGUGAGGAAGAGAGAUAAAGACUAGAGCGAAUGAAAUUGGAAAGAGCUGAAUCAGACACUCAAUACACUAAGUAAAUGCUCAUGAAUCUAGAAAGAAAAAUUGAAGAUGAGUAGUAAUUCAGACUGAAAAAUGAGGAUGAUUAGAAGCGUUACUUUGAAAAUAAAUUCAUUGGACUCCUUGAAAAGAUGAAAAAUGAGGAGAAGUUGAGUCUUGAAAGAGAGCGCAGAUUAAUGCAACAAUUCCAGGAGGGAUUAGUCACUAUGAAUGAUAUUAUUAGAGGAACAAAGGAGUAAAAUCUGAUAUCCUUAACUCAUUAGUAAACUGUACUAGGAGAUCAAAUUAAGGGCUUGUUUUAAACAGUUGAAGCUGUUAAAGAUGGAGUCAUGUCAAGGUAAUAAGUGAUUGAGACAGAACUAGGUGAGUAAAGAUCUAAAAUGAAUGACUUGGAGGCUGCCACAUUCAAGCAUGCUUAAACUGUCAGUGAAACUCUUGAAAACGAAAUAACUAGAUUUGAAAGAGUAAUAUCUGCUUUUGAAAAGUACAUUGAUACCUAAACUUCUGACUUAAGAGGUAUAUUGGCAAAGUAAGCAGAGGAGAAUUCCAAAUGGAAAGGCGAUUAUGAGGACAUUAAUACAAAGAAAGUUGUUGAAAUCCAUAGUGCAUUGAAGUUGUUAAACUCAAACAUAGGUAAAGUAAACUCUGAUUGCAAGGAUAGAUUCGACAUGAUUAAUAGUGAAAUGAGAGUGCACGAAAAUGCCACCAAUGUUUAAAUCUAAGAUCUUAGGAAUAAGGUCGAGGUUGAUGAUAAAUCUAUUGAAGAGCGUUUAUAAUUAGCAGUUGACAAGGCCUAUGAUAGAUUGAAACAAAAUUUCGAUGCUACGAUGAAUGACUAUAACAAGAUGGUCAAUUAAUUCAAUAUGCAAUAGACUGAAAAGUUCGAAUAAAAUAAUUCUGAUGUCAAAAAUUUCGUUCAAAGUAAGACUGAUGAAAUGAGGAACAAGAUCUUAGAAGAGAGGAGGAAGCUUGAUACUAUAGUAGAAGGUAAAUGCUAAGCUUAUACAAUUGAAAUUGAGAGGAAAAUAUUGCAAAGACUUCAGUAAACUAUGAUUGAAAAUCAAACUUUAAGAGAAGAAAUGCUAAAAAAGAUGGAUAAAGCCACUAAGGAAUAAGAUGAAGUUGCAAGAUAACUCUAAGAAGAGAGAUUAAAGAUUGAUAUGAAAAUUAAUGCUAAGGAAAAUGAUAUCAGAGAGUGGGCUUUGAAGGAACUCUAGGACAAUUACACUGACUUCAACAGAUUAUUAGCAGCUAAGGUACUUGAAACUGAGAAUAAGAUGAGGCAGUUACUAGCAAAUCAUAAACCCUCAAAAUCAGAUGUGCCAAUUAAAGACUCUGUAACUGGUGCUCUAUCAGAGUUAACACUCAAAGAAGCAGUUGAUAACAUGGGAAUGGGGAUAAAGACGGAUUUGCUAUCAUUAUUCGAAGAUGACAGGAAACUUAAGAACAUAAGAUUCCAAGAAGUAUUCCAUUUGAUGGAAUCUAAUAAGAAUCUCAUUAAUGAGCACAUUGCUUAGUAGUUUGAGAGUUAGAAGGCUCUAACAAAGGCAUUUGUGAACAAAGAAGUGGCAGAAAGAACUGUCGGAGAUAAUAGUAUACUUUCGCAAUUGAAUAGAAGGCUUGAUGGAAUUGAUGCUUUAUUCGAUGGAAAACUUAAAGAUGAAGUUAAGAUCAUGCAAGAAAGACUAACUGAACAGUAGAAUAUGAUCGAGGAGGAAAAAAAAGAGAAUGCAGCAGCAAGAUAGAAAAACGAAGAAUCUAUGCAGAAGAUGCAAGAGGAAUAAACUUAGAAAUUGGAAAAUAUAAAGGAAAAUGUAGAUAAACAGUUAGAGGAAGGAUAGAAAAAGCAAUAAGAGGAGCUAUAGAAAGUGGAGGGAGAACUUAAAAAGGAAAAUGAAGAGUAGAAAAAGCGCACUGAUGAAUAGGAAGUGUAAAUCAUAAUGAAUGAGAUGAUUAAUAAAGUCAUCUAAGAAGAGCAUGAGGUGAAAUACGAGACAAUGUUUGGUGAGAUGGACUAAGCUAUAAUAUCAGUUCUUGCGAGCACACAAAAGAGUUUGAAUGAACAGUUAGAUGACUUGAAUACUUAAAUAAAGACUAGGACAGCUGAAACAAUUAACAAAUUGCAGGAAGUUAUUCAGGGUUUGAAUGCAGAAGUUUAAGAGAGCAAAGAAAAAAUAGCCAAAAAUGAAAAAGAAAUUAAUGAGGUGGACUUCAAUGCUAAGAAGGCGAAUGAAGAGGUCAAGGAUAAAAUAGAGGUAACCAAAUGUGUUUAAGAAAUGGUGGCUUGGGUUUCAGAGUAGCUAGUGAGUUAGCAGAUGACUGAUAACUUGAACGUCAUCGCUGGUAAGUUCAAUGAAGUAAGCGUCAAGGUCGCUGAGAAUUUGUCUAAGAUCCCAGCUGAUAGUGGUCCUAAGAAAUCAGAUGCUCUUAACGUCAAGAAACAAGAAAAACCAAAGCCUGAGAAUCUGAAUGUCUCAGAGAAGAGACCUAAGCCUAAGGAAGAAGUCAAAGCUAAGGAAUAACCAAAGACAGAGGAGAAGAAAGAACCAACUCCGACCUAGAAAAAAGAUCCUACUCCUUAAAAUAAAACACCCACACCCUAAAAUAAAACUCCCACGCCAUAAUAGAGUAAGACCCCUACUCCUUAAGAGGAUGAAGAUGAUGAGGAACAAAAUGAUGAAGAGGACUAGGAGCAAGAAUAGGAUGGCGAAGAAGAUGAAGGUGAGUAAUAAGAUGAAGAUAAUGAUCAAGAAGAUGAUGAGGAGGAAGAAUCUAAUCAGAAAGAUAGUAAAUAGAAGUAAUGA